AUGGAAACCACUUACCUCGGACUUUUAUGAGCAUUUUUGCUAUUAAUUUUAAUAGGCUUUUAUCUGAUUUGUGCCUUGUAUAUACAUCAUAAAAAAUACUUUCAAGAAAUCUUCGCAUGAUCAUUACCUAAUUUAUAUUUGACGAUGUGUGCAAGCUGUAUAGAGAUGAUUGGCUCAAUUUCAUUAGGUUUCGUUGAUAAACUCGGGUUUUAUUAUGAAAUAAAAGCUGUAUUAAUUGUAUUCAUUGUCUAUGAGUUAGCUCAUCAUGCACAUUUUAUAUCAAACGUCAUGAGAAUUUACAGACUGAAUGUGCUGAACAAAAUAAGAAAUGGUGAAUAUGAAAGCCAUGGAGAAUAUUUGAGAAGGAAGGUUAGGCUUGACCAUAAAUGAAGCGCGAAGUUCAUAAUAAUUUACACAAUUUUUUUUUCCUCGAUUUUUGUGGGAUUUGCUCUUUAUCAAUUGCUUUCAAGUGAUAAAGGAGACAUGAACAUGAUUUAUAAUAUCCUCUUUGACUUUUUGAUAUUUUUUGAAGAAACCACUUAUUUAAUUUUUCUAUUAAAAAUCCGCAAAGUGAAGUAUUGUUCGAAUUUGAAAUAUGAGUUGUAUAUGAUAAUUUUUAUAUGGGCAUUAGGCUUACUAGCACCAUUCACAACGAAUUUAGAAUAUCAUUUUUAUAUUGUGCCUUCUAGAAAUAUCACUUUAUUAGUAGGGAUUUUAGUAACACUUGGCAGGCAUUCUAAAAUGAGCAUGAUUUUGCCAUUGCAAACUUUAGAAGACCCAAGAAUUCUCAUUGAAGAUUUUACUGCUUAUAAGUCUUUUAAGGCUUUUACCCAAAAUUCGAGCAAUAAAACAUGAGAGUAUUAUUUGGAUUUUCUUAUCAAUAUUAGCUUAUUUAAGCUAAAUCCAUCAAUUGAAAAAGGGCAAGAGAUUUAUAAUGACUUUUUACGAAAUAAUGAUAUUAUUCCAGAAUUUGUGUCAAGAAAUGCUGAAAGACACCUUGUAAAAUAUCCAAAAGACAUAACAAAUAGUGUUUUUAAUGAAAUAGAAUUUUUUAUUUUAAAGCAUCUAGAAAAAACUAUUUAUCCCGAAUUCAAAAAUUCGCCUGAAUACCAAUCACUUUUAGAAGAAACAAACUCUCUUUAUUAA